AUGGACUUUAAGUUCCUCAACAGAUAAAAACAAUACCAUCUAGUUCCUCACCAAGUUUGCAUGACUCUGCAAGUUUCUCAUUAAUCACAUGGCUUCUAAAACUCUUCAUCACUGAUGAAGGAUAUGUUCAUGUCUAUAUAUACUCAUGCAAUGACUUAUAUAUACACGCAUGCUCUGAGAGCGGUGAAAAAGAGAACACAGAGCACUCUGGUGGCCCCUCUGCAUUGACUCUGCAUUCCAGCAGUGACAGAAGAUUCCACCCUUUGUCACGUAAUACCUUUCUCCAUCUUCAUCAUGACCCUCCUCAUGCCAGUGCUGCUGCUGCUGGCUCUCUCUGGAUGUUUUAGUGAAGUUGUAAAGGAUUUUACUCAGUCAUGCCCUCAAUUCUUCGCUGACCCAGAAGAAGUUAGGUCUCCUCCAACCAUUUUUAAAGAUCCACAGUACAAACAUAUCUGUCAGAUUAGAGAAAAUAAAUAUGAAUACGCAACCCUGUAUGACACGGCAAACAGAAUCCCUGUGUACUCAGCCUACAAGUUUCAAGGUUUAAUAGAUUGUACACAAAGAAAUAAACGAUGGUUUAUUGAACCUCAGCUUGACGACCCCAAUUCAAACAAAAAAAAAAUGGAAAGUGAUGGCAACAAGGACCAAUUACCAAAACAAGCUGUCAACAAAGACUAUGAAGGAACACAAGACCAUCACUAUGACAAAGGGCACCUGGCUCCAGUCCGCCAUGCCAGUUCAACAGUAUGCUUGGAUGCCACCUUCACCCUCACUAAUGCUGCUCCACAAAACCGUAAUUUCAACAGAGGCAUAUGGAGUAACACAGAGAGAAAUGUAGCUAAUAUUUUGACACAGGAAUGUAAGAAUAAUGAUAGGUACAUUGUCACUGGGGUGGUUCCCGGCACUGACAAACUGAAAGAAAGAGUUAGUAUACCCAGUCACUUCUGGACCGCUUACUGCUGCUUAGACAACAACCGUAAAGUGAUCGCUUCAGGUGCUUUCAUAGGGAGAAAUGAGCACUCUUCCACUGUGGAAGAAAUGUCAGUCACUGAGCUAGACAGGAAGCUUACUGUGGAGUAUAGCAAAGGGGAGUUUACUGUUUUUGGUGGAAAGUGUAAUAAACCAGAUUCUAAUAGGUUCAAAGUGGUUCAUUCAAACAAGAGGCUACAAAACAUAUAUGAGAGAUAUAGAAAAGAGAGGCAGAGAAAAAGAUUAGUUGGAAAGGCCAAUGCUCCUAAGAUAUAUUUUUGUGGAAGGAAACAUGAGUGAAUUAAUGAAUUAAAAGUAAGAGUUUAGUUAUACAAGCUUUAUUUUCUUGUGUCAAGGGAAAAUAAACAAAAACAUUUGCAAGAUAUUUCUAGCUGGAAAUUAAAAUACAUAUCUUACUUAUCUUAGCUUUACAUAAAUAGAUAAGUUGAUUGUCUAUUUUUGUUCCAAUAAUGGCAAGAACCACUUAAUUCAAAGUGUCUUUGUGAAAUAUUACCACAUUGAGUUAAUCAUCAAUAAUUCUUUAAGCUUUUAUAAUAUUUUCUGUAUAAUCUUAACAAACUAAUAAUCUCAGAAUAACCAUAUUAGAUAUUUACAAAUGUAAAUGACCACCUUCUUGGCCUCAACUUCGUUUUCUAUGUUUGUUUUGUUUGUUUGUUUGUUUCAUAAAGGUGAUUAUCAGCUUUAGCCAUUUUUCUAAAAAACUGUUUUAAUGUUCAUUUGUCAUUUGCCCAACAUGUCAGGACAUACUUGCAUUGAGAUACUCGUGUUAAGGCUUAGCUAAUUAAAGCUAACUGACGCUACAACAAGUUACAGAAAUAUACAGCAAUAAAUAAACGAAACUGAAGAAAAUACAACAUACACAGUAAUAUACAGAACUAAAUUUGUAGAAUUAAAGAGAAAAUAUUUUUAAAAUACAGAAAUACAAAAUGUACAAAAAACCUGUCCUAAGAAACAGAACCCUCUACUAUAUAAAAACAUAUUGGACAAAAGAAUCUGAAAGGAAGAAAAAAGUGUAUUUAAAUACACCAUUGUAUAGGCAGACAGCAGCAGCAAUAGUAGUAGUAGUAGUAAUUGCAGAAUAGUGCAGUUUACUUUUUUUGCGCUUAAACUGGUACUGUUCAUGACAGUAAUAGGAUCUUUAAGUAAUAAAGUCAAAUAUGUAUUUAAAGUGGUCAGGAUUUGUUUAAACGUGGCUAAUAUUGUCCAUCACAUUGAUACAACAUGAUACUACACUACGAUAUGAUGUGAUACAUCGAGUGUUGAACAGUUUGCUGUACAACCAGAUCUUUUUGAUUUACUAUUAUUUUUAAUUUUUCUAUUCUCAAUACAGCCCAUGUUUUAAGUAUGGAGUGUAAGUUUCACUUCAUUUAUGAUGUAACUUAACCAAUACAUAUAAAAUACUUACCAGGUCUUACUGUACCUACGUAAAUGUAGGUACAAAUAAAGAAAUGAGGACAACCAGGAACAAGAGAGUAAUUGUGUAACAACUGGGUAACUUUCGGACAUUUACAUGUAAUUUCACAAUUCGUAUGGUACAGUACAAUCUCUGUAUGAACCAAUACACAUAAAUACUUAACAGGUCUUACUGGUAUUUAAUUAUAGGUACAGCACCAAAAAAGAGGACAACCAGGAACAUGUCAGUAACUCCCAUUGCAAUGCAAUUUCCCAAUGUAUAUUAAAUACUGUAUAUUCUAGCAGGCCCGGAAGACUAGAGUAAGAAGAAUACUUACCUCCAGAGCAGACAGUUAUGAAAGGCUUGUAAUAUCAAACAAUUACAUGGUGAAUAUCAGAAGGCUACCCAAUAGUUAUUCUUUUGUCCUCAGUUUUAUAUUUGUACCUACAUUAAAGUACAUUUAACUUGUUAUGUACCAUUUUUGCUUAAACAGAUCAAUAAAGUAACCUAACUGAACAAGAG